AUGAAGAACGUCGCUGCAAUCACAUUGGUCGCUUUUGCGGCUACAGCGUCAUGUUCAGCUCCAGAGCCAACUGGGGCCAGUUAUGUGUCUGGCUUCGACAUGAAGAAGAGCUGGGCCAAUCUAAGCCCCUACAAGGACGCCGAAAGCUUUGGCGUUCCCAAGGGCGUGCCGCAGGGCUGCGAAUUGUCUCAGGUCCAUGUCCUGCAUCGUCACGCAGAGCGGUACCCGACGGAUUAUCCUCUGGACGGUGAAGGCAUGCAAGAUUUCGCCACCAAGUUAGCCAACUAUACCAAGUCCCACCCAAAGAAAAAGGUGGGCUCAGGUCCGCUGACUUUCCUGAAUACUUGGAAAUAUGUCCUUGGCUCGGACGCCCUGAUGGAAACUGGUGCAGCCACCGAGGCGACAUCAGGAGCCAACUUCUGGACCAAAUACGGUAGACUACUGUAUCGUGCUGAUCGCGACACUAUGGCGGCUUGGAAUUCUUCUCUGAAUGUCUAUCCAAACGGCACUGAUCGACCUAAGCCUGUUUUCCGCACCACAUCUCAAGGUCGCAUCCUAGAGAGUGCCCGUUGGUGGCUCAGUGGAUUCUUUGGUAAUAAUGGUGCCAACAGCUCCUACAGUGAAUAUGACCUUGUUAUAAUUCCCGAGAAAUCUGGCUUCAACAACACUCUUGCUUCAUACGAAACGUGCGAUGGUGAUUAUGUUGAAGGCCUUUCGGUGGAAAACAUAUUGACUGGAUACUUCAGUGAUAAUUCUGCGGAAAAGUUCAUCCCUCGGUACACGAAGGCCGCUCGUUCUCGUCUUUCGAAAUUUUUUCCAAGCGACUUCAAUCUAACCGCAUAUGACGUUCUUGCCAUGCAGAAUCUGUGCGUUUACGAGUACACCAGUCUCGCGGGGUCCUCCUUUUGUUCGUUGUUCACCGAACAGGAGUGGAAGGACUUUGAGUACAAUGUCGACGUGCAGUACUACGGAGACUAUGCCUGGGGAUCUCCAACAGGCCGUGCUCAGGGAAUUGGCUACGUCCUCGAACUCGCAGCUCGGCUUCAACAGAAGCUAAUCACCUCCAGUGACACAAGCGUUAAUUAUACAUAUGACAAUAACGAAGCUCAAUUCCCCUUCGGUCAGCUUUUCUACAUGGAUAUGUCCCAUGACGAUAUCAUUCUGUCGGUUAUCAACGCCCUUGGUGUUAACUACUUCAAGUACGGUCCUCAUGGCUUGCCAGGCGACCUUGACCAUGCCCCGAAGCGCAAUUUCUCUCUAAGUGAGAUGACUCCCUUUGGUGCUCGCUUCAUGUCUGAGAUUUGGACUUGCCCUCGUAACCACUCGUUCAAUGACUUGGACCCGGUGCUUUACGAGAACCUUGCUCUGAACUCUACAGACGAAACCACACAGUAUAUCCGUUUCGUCCUCAACAAUGCCCCAUUGCCUGUUGAGGGUGUUGUCGGCUGUGAGGGAGCCACCAAUGGCUUCUGCUCUGUUGAUCGAUUCUUGCAUGGCAUUCCCACUCUGGAGCAUGCCGCCAACUAUCAGAAGGCAUGCUUCGGUGAUUAUCCCAAGGGCAGCCAAGUUGGAGAUGGGGCUCCCUCUUCAUAA